CCGGUAAUCUCUCGACUCCGAACACCGAGUCUCAAUCCAAAAGCUAUUCGACGUAUUGAAUUGAUCCUGUCACGGAAACUGGGUCUGGCUCCCGAUGAUAUUUUUGAUGCGCAUGCCUUGCUCCAGUCAAGGGAUCUAAAAGCACUGGUUAGUAGUCGCUGGGAUGUAGGCGGUUUGAAUAAAUCCGGCCCGGAAUCCAACACCGAGACAACUUUCGCCACACCCGCUGCCGUAACACAAAUGAACCGUAAAGAUGGAGAUAAACGAGAUACUGAAGAGUUCAUGGUCAAGACCUAUACAGGAUCGGCCACCUUCUUGAAGGGGACUCAGAGUGCCAAUCCGCACAACGAUUAUUGUCAGCAUUUCGUGGACACCGGGGAACGACCACAGAAUUUUAUCCGUGACACAGGUUUGCGCAAUCGAUUCGAGGAGUACCCGAAACUGCGCGAACUGAUCCGACUAAAAGACUCGCUGAUCGAAUCCCGGACCACUCCACCGAUGUAUCUCAGAGCCGAUCUGAAAACGUUUGACCUAAAUGAAUUACAGUCCAAAUUUGAUGUGGUUCUCAUUGAACCUCCACUUGAAGAGUAUCAUCGAAUGACCGGGGCUGUGUUCGAUCAGCACUGGACGUGGUCUGAGGUAUGUUUUUUGGUGUUGUUACCAAUCUUUUCACGUGAUCAAUUCUCAUGA